UAUUAUUCAACACAUUUUCCAAUGCUUUUCGGCAAGAGUUUAGUAAAUUAUUUCUAUAAAUAUAAGAGAAAAGUUUAUCAAAAUGUGUAUACCAUAACUAAGCGCAAUACUGCAACCUGCUCCCCACCCAAAAUAUUGUUUUUUGGCACCGAUAAUUUUUCUUUACCCAGCUUACAGGCUCUCCACAGAAACUGCGGUGACGGCCUGGGUGUGGUUACCUCCUUCAAGAGCCCGGCAAACUGCGUACGUAGCUACGCGGAACAGCAGAAAAUCCCGCUGCAAAGGUGGCCUAUCAAUUCGUCCCAAUGCGCCGGCUUCGACUUGGGCGUAGUGGUGUCCUUUGGUCACUUGAUACCUGCCAAUAUAAUUGGAGCUUUUCCCUCAGGGAUGAUCAACGUGCAUGCCAGUUUGCUGCCCCGCUGGAGAGGAGCGGCGCCCAUAAUUUACGCCAUCAUGAACGGCGACACCAGUACUGGAGUUUCGAUCAUGAAAAUCGAACCACACCGGUUCGAUAUAGGUGAUAUUUUAGCUCAGCGAGAGGUUGCCAUUAAGCCGGAUGUUUUCAUGCCGGAAUUGCAUACCUCUCUUGCCUUAUUGGGAGCCGAUUUACUGGUGGAUACUGUUAAUAACUUGACGGAAAGGCUGGAAAAUGCUACUCCUCAAGACAAUGCAACUGCUAGUCAUGCUCCCAAGAUCACGGCGGAAAUAGCUGAAGUAAUCUGGUCGAAGCACACCGCCUUACAAAUACAUGCUCGGCAUCGAGCCUUAUUCGGUUACAAAAACCUAACUACCAACUUUUUGGAAAAGCAAGUGCAACUUCUGGAUAUCAGAUUACCUGACAAGUCGCUACCUCUUCAAAAACCUGGAAGCUUUAGCUUUCAUCGCAAAAGGAAAUCCCUGCUGAUCGGAUGUGCUGAAGAAAGUCAAAUAGAAGUUCUUCAGUUACGAAUAGAAGGACGAAAGCCUAUGAGGGCCCGGGACUUUAACAAUGGUUUUCUUAAACAAGCCAGUUCCUUGAACUUUGAGGACAAUAAACUACGAGCAUGUUAA